GAUAAUGUAAUCGCUUUAAUUACCUGUGUUGUUGUCACCAGUGUUGUUUAUCACUGUCUGCGUGAGUUAUUUAAGCCCAUAAAGGCAAACAACACAACGAUAACAAUGGUGACAACAACAAAAAUGCUCCCGGCAUUUUUAGUUCUCUAAACAGGAGCAGCACAUCCGGUCCGGCUGUCAAACCUGUCCGCCAUUGGCGCGUCUCGUGGAUUACUCUCUGGAUGUGGGUCGUGCGUGUUUUUUCUUUGGCGCUUAAAUUAACAAAAAACAGAUAUUUUCUGGUAACCAGUGAAACAGCAGGUGUGUCACGAAGGGUAUUUUCGCGGGUUAGCUGCUUUAGUUCGCCCGUGCACUUUGCUAACGGAGAAACGCGCUACAUGUCAAGUGAGCCGAAGAGACUCUGCACCGAAAACAUGACCGUUACAAAGAUCGGAACCCACAACGGGACCUUCCACUGCGACGAGGUUCUGGCUUGUUUCUUCCUCCGGCAGUUACCCGAGUACUCGGAUGGAGAAAUCAUUCGCACCAGGGACCCUGCACAGCUGGCGGAGUGCGACAUUGUUGUGGACGUUGGAGGAGAGUUUGACCCAAAGAGGCACCGCUAUGACCACCAUCAGAGGACCUUUUCAGACACCUUCAACAGCCUCUGUCCAGAGAAGCCAUGGCUGACCAAGCUCAGCUCUGCCGGCCUGGUCUACCUGCACUUUGGCCAUCGAGUGCUGUCGCAGCUCACGCAGCUGAAGGAGGACGACAGGCAGCUGGAAGUGCUCUAUGACAAGCUGUAUGAGAACUUUGUGGAGGAGGUGGAUGCUGUUGACAACGGCAUCUCACAGUAUGAUGGGGAGGCCCGGUACAGCAUCUCCACCACGCUGAGCGCACGUGUCUCACACCUGAAUCCACGCUGGAACAGCACAGAUCAGGAUACUGAGGAGGGUUUCAAGAAGGCACUGAAGAUGGUUGGGGAGGAGUUCCUGGACCGUCUGGAUUUCUACAAGUCCUCCUGGCUGCCAGCUCGUGAGGUCGUGGAGGAAGCUGUUAAGAAGAGGCAUCAGAUAGAUCCCAGUGGAGAGGUACUCCUUUUUUCCCAGGGUGGAUGUCCUUGGAAGGAGCAUUUGUUUGCCUUAGAGAAGGAGCUCCACGUGGAGACGCCCAUUAAGUUUGUCCUUUACCCAGACCAGAAUGGACAGUGGAGGGUCCAGUGUGUCCCUGCUGGGCUCAACACUUUCCAGAACAGGCUGUCGCUGCCAGAAGAGUGGCGUGGUGUUCGGGAUGAAGCGCUGUCGGAGCUCAGCGGGAUCAAGGGCUGCAUCUUUGUCCACGCCGGAGGCUUUAUUGGCGGGAACAAGACCCAGGAAGGAGCGAUGGAGAUGGCCCGCAGGACCCUGCAGGCCGCCGCCCAGUCCCCGGCGAACGGAAACAGCUGACUUAAUUACCAUGUUGUUUAGUGAUAUACCAACGCAGACUCUGGGCUCUGGGUCAUCGUGCUGACUCAUAAUAUCCUUCUUCUCUCUGCCUGUUCUUAUAAAUGUCUGUUCUGGAGUUCUUUUGAAAUAAAAGACUGAUUUGACAUA